CUGCCUGCAGUAGCAGUGCGUGCGGGGAUACAACAGAAGAGAGAGAGAGCAGGGAUUCAGUCUUCUGCACUGACCGGGGAGGAGCUGCCGUUGCAGGGAUGAGGGGAGAAUCUUACUUCAUUGGAAUGAGGGAUUGUGGCUAUUACGCUUGCGUAGUGGGAGGAGGAGAACUCCUGCUUCUUUAUGCUAUACACAGAAAUAAGGACUUAUCCAGAUAUCUAACCGACGAAGAUUUUCAGGGUAUCACAGAUUUCAAUGAUCUUCCCAACUCUCUUUUUGCUUGUAACGUCCAUCAGUCUGUGUUUGAAGAUGUAGAUAGUAAGGAUAAAUUUGAGGGCCUAUUUCGAUCGUACGAUGACUGUGUCACACUACAGCUAUUCAAGAGUUUCCGAAGAGUGAGAAUAAACUUCAGCAACCCCAAAGCAGCAGCGAGAGCGCGGAUAGAACUUCACGAAACACAGUUCAGAGGAAAAAAAUUAAAACUAUAUUUUGCACAGGUUCAGACUCCAGAAACAGACGGAGACAAGCUUCAUCUGGCUCCUCCUCAACCUGCUAAACAGUUCCUCAUCUCACCUCCCUCCUCGCCUCCUGUGGGCUGGCAGCCAAUAGAUGAUGCCUCCCCAGUUAUCAACUAUGAUCUCCUGUAUGCUGUUGCCAAGCUUGGCCCAGGUCAGAAGUACGAGCUGCAUGCGGGGACAGAAUCCACCCCUAGUGUAGUGGUCCAUGUGUGUGAUAGUGACAUGGAGGAAGAAGAGGACCCAAAGAAUUCACCAAAGCCUAAAAUCAUCCCAACGCGGCGCCCCGGUCUUCCCCCAACUAAGUCCAACUGAAGAGACCUCAUUGCAGAAUGUUACCACUAAUUCUUUUAGCACAGCUUUUCUAUCUUUUACUUCUCCUUUACAAUGUAGAAUUUUCUCAUUUUUUAUAGGAAAGUAAUUGUCACUCUCUGACAUUAAAAAUGUGUAAAUAUAGAAGCUGUAGUUAAACCUUCAUUAACCUCUUCAGUACCCAUGAGAGAUGUACUAUACAUUGCAACAACAGUUCCUCAAGUGCUGAGUUGGUUAUUAAAGGGCUGAAAUCAGGAUUUGUUUCUGCAUCAAGUUAUCAUAUCAGAAUGGCAAAAAAAAAAAUAAGAGUGUGUUCCUAAACAAGUAAUAUUAGUUCAAAUUUGCACAUCAGUAAACGGAUGUUGUUGUGAAGUUUCCAUGCAUUUUGUUUGUUCUCUUGUCUAUUAAGAUGUUUGUGUGUUGUUUGUUUUGUUAACAAAGGCCAGAAAACAGGACCAGAAUAAAGAUGUGAAUAUUCCAAAUUUCAGGAAGGAAGAGUGAAAAUGUGUUGAAACUUAUAAGCAGUAGCUGCUGUUUGCAUGGGCUGAUUUACCUGUUAAUAGUUUAAUAGGAUUGGAUGAAAAUCUGUAUCUUGUUUACACAGUACUAAAAAAGCAAACGCAUAAAACAAGUCUUUUUUUAAGUUAAGACUAACAUAAAAUCAUGGAUCAGCAAGGAGUGGGGCUUUUUCCUCCAAGCCUAUGUCAUUGACAGGAAACCUAACCCAUAUUAGAUUAGUAUUAAUAACACAGUAAAAUAACAGGGUAUCAAUGAGUAUUAAAUAACGCAGUUGUACAAAUAUAAUACUUCAACCGGGCUAGUUUUCACCUCACACGAGAAUUAAGCACAUGUAUUUGAGAUAUAUGUAGUACAGUAUGAAAGAUGCGGCUAUAAAUAGUAAUAAUUACUAUUAAAGUACAUAUUUUAUGUUUAGCUGCAUUAACCGUAUGUCACUUGGUUUGUGUGCGUAAGUGCAUGUGUGUGUUGUGUGUGUAUAUAUAUAUAUGUGUGUGUGUGUGUGUGUGGGUAUGUAUGUAUGUGUAUAUAUAUAUAUUUAUAUAUAUAUAUAUAUUUGUAUAGUAAGUGUAUUGAGCCACUUAUUUUAUUUCCUGUAGUGUAUCUGUAUGUUUUGUUAAUUAAGAAAAUAUAACAAUAUAUUUCUAGUGUUCAUGCAAUAAACACAGCUUGUUUCUUAUAGGUAAUCUUAACCCUUUAAGUACCAAAAAUUUUGGUUUCAGGCUCUCUGGCAUCCAAAGGAUUAAAGGUGAAUGAUAUAGCUGGAGACAAAUACAUUUGAUUAUGUGACCUGUCUGAUUUCUGUACCAAUGCAAUUGUAAUUUAAAAAAAAAAAAUAUUUUCCUGUUUAUUAGCCAAGAAUGAAAAUAUGCAGCUAAGUGUAGAUAAUAUUGUUGAUAUAUGCUUGGAGCAGCUUCGGCUCAGAAAUAUGUGAGCUACCAACUCUGUUAUAUCUCUACGUCUUCACUUUAAUGUAGUAACUAAGGUGCAUGAAAAUUAAAUGUGACUCUCGGUAGCUCUAAGAUGCAAACUUUUCAGUGGCAUUUUCUGCAGGUACAACUCAUGUUAGGUAGAGAAUGUAAGAUUUCUGUCUGAACAAUUCUUCGUCUUUAUUGUGCACUUGACACUAGGCAUCUUGUAAAUUCUCAUUAUGUAAGAAAUCAGCAGAAAUAUGUUAUCUAUUGGGACACUGCAAAUCUUUGUUAAUAACGCACCAACGCAUUUCACUGUAGCCUAAAUGAACUGAGAUUGUUACUAGGCCAGACAAAAUGCUUUUUUUGUACAUUUGUAUAAUUGCCCGAGUAUGGUGUUUUUGUAUAAAUUAGUUACAAUUUGACUAGAAAAAAAAUAAAUAAACUGAGAUUAUAAAUCC